CGUGUCGAUACCCUCAUUGAACCAGCAACUUGACAUCCCUUUACUUGGCUCUGAUACUGGAGAAGCCAGUGCAUCCACUACGGGUACAAAUCUAAAUAUAGAUACAGGUCGGGUACCUAGCACGGACCCUACUCUUCCAACGCAAAGCGGUACGUAUACCGGUAUGCCAUCGCAGGAGUCUGCGCCUGCGGUUUCUAGUGAUGCUAUUGGUCAGGAUUUAGAAUCAGUUGAUUCUAUUGGACCAGCCAAAGAGGUGAGCCCAACUGGGGCAAAUCUUACUAGUUUGUCACUGAGCCCCCACGCAUCUGAUGGGUCGCCUAUGCACUGUGGACUGAGGAAGGACGUGCGUGUUGGAGAUGCUGAUAGUAGCACGGUAAGUUCAAUCGCGAAUAUGCCACAAUACACAAGCGCACAAUCGGAUAUGAACACAUCACACGGCACACAUCCUGAAACACAAACAUCAACGCAUAUGGCUAUCGAUGGAGAUGGUAAGGACGUGUCUGAAUCCAAUCGAUCAUUAGGCGUUGGGAGCAGCGGUUCAGUACACGCGACUGCACCUGGGGCAGAGAAAAAGGGCUUGCAUGGGCAGAUUGACAACCUUGGAGCCACUCAGGUGCAGGCUAGGAAUAGUACACUGAAUGCAAUGGUUUCUAAAGCAAAUGAUAUGGAGCACACAUCAAAUGAAACUCAAGGCCCGCCUAUACCGGCUGUACAGGACAAUCAGGAUAACUUAACGAAGCCUUCACUAGAGUACAGCUCCGAUACAAAGGGCGACAACGCAGCUGAGACGACAGAUGCAGGUAUGGGUGACGUGAAGGGUGUGGCUAAUGAGACGAGAAUGUAUUGUUUGCGUAACGAUACGGAGGAUAAACCUGGUUUAACACCAGGAAAGUCAGGAGGGGCGUCUGAUUCAGCUACCGAUACAUCACGUGCUACGCUUACGAAAGUCGAUACGGACGAGGAUAAUGCGGGCACUGACACUGGCGCGAAAGUGCCAAAGCUAAAAUCACUAAUUACAACUCAAGGUUCUCAACAAAACACUUCGGACGAAGUUGCGAGUUUAACCGUUUCACAGACGCUUGCUACACAAGCACCUACACAUACGACACACGCGACAGAUAUCGGAACUGUGCAAGCGCAGAAGGACGUUGCACUUGCCGGGCAAGCGAAGGACAAAGCUGCUACAAGUACGGUUUCACAUACGCAUAUAGAUACACUGCCAGACAACGAUGCACAGACGCAGCUACAGAGGGGAAGUGACCUCGAAAUUGCGGGAGGUAAGAGUGAAAGUACCGAAACACUGGUACACGUACAGCCACAAGGGGACAACACAGUCAAUGUAUCUAGUGUAGGCGAUAGUGGUGAACAAGGUGAUGUCAUGGCAACAACAACGGUAACGGCUGUGACCGAUAGUGGUGGUGGAUCAGAAGGUGUGAGCACAGAUACAACCAUCGCCAAAGGUCAGGUUACAGACCACCCCAUAGACAACAGUGUUCUUGGCAAGUCUGAAGGUACAAACACCAACGCAAACGCGAAUAUGAGCUUUGAGCGGCUGUUGGGUGCUGACAAGAUACAGGGUGGAUCAGCUGAGCCUUUUGAUGGUGAAAUUGAGCGCCGCUUGGAAGGUGAUACUGGUCUUGUAGGGAAUCACAGUACUACGCCUGGAAGUUUCGCUGGUGUGGGCACACCAGCAUCCGAACACAUGGCUUUAGAUAAGAAGGAACUACAACAUGCUAAAUCUCAAGUAACCUCAGAUGUGCAACAUCAAGGUUACUCACAGCUAUCAAAUAUCGCAAAGCAACAAGCUGACAUCCAGGCUAUAGCUGGUAUGCCAUUGACCUCAACUGGUGUUGGGAAUCAUAGCGUACAAAUUCAGGAGAAAGCCGCGAACAGUACUUCCUCUGUUGUGGGAGUUACACGGACAGAGGGCUCUGUGGUGAAAAUGGAAGCUGAGCAAUCGGACUAUAUGGAGCUGGGAGUGUCUAAACCCGGAUCGAUACCGGUACACAAGAGCAACACUGAUGUGCGGGCAACAGGUGAGACCGUGAAAAGUGUUGAACAUAUGGGGUUGGAUAAUAUUUCAGGGGAGAGUGGUGUGGACGUCAAAAAGCCGGUUGUCAUGACAGCAGGAGUAGGGAGUAAGGGAUUCGGUGAAAGUGCAGAAUAUGUUGUGAAGGCAGAUAAGGAGGGUGCCAGAAUUGGAGUGACAAGCACGCAAUCUACGGUGAAGCAAUUGGAUCAGGGAGUACCACAGCAAGGACCCGACACACAAAAACUGGAGGACAACACGAACCAAACACACUCAGAACCUCACACAGGCAAACCAAUACAACCACAAACAGCAGCAGAACCACAAGCCCCAAUAUCAACAGAUGUUGUUGUGCCCAAGUCAGAGGCACAGCCUAGGCAUGCGAAACCGCAAGGAGAUGAGAAAGAACUUGAAACUGGUCAAACUAAGCCAGUACCACAACCAAAUACAGUGCCACAUACACAGAUAAACAUACGACACUCUACGACAGUACCAACGCAGACCGCGGUGCGCCAAGACACACAGCCACACGCACAUACUUGGGCGGAUGUUAAGCCGGAGACGCACACACCGUCCACCAGCGGUGUUGUGCCAGCAUCAACAGAGAACAAAGCCCUAAUAGUUCAACAAAAACAACAACAACAACAACAACAACAACAACAGACACACACUACAGAUGCCACGCCAGCAACUACCUCUGAGAUCAAAGUAGAGGGUGCGGUAGCUGCUACACUGAAGAGUACCGAUGUGAAGGCCCCUAUUAAGACUCAUGUGAAUAAUGAUUUGGAGCUGGGAGUGGUGGGGGUGCGGCAGUUGUUCGAUACCAUGAAUGCCAUGCAGAGAAAGGGUCUGGAUCAGAGCCAGCCCGAGGCAUAUACAGUGCUACUGCGGCUACUGCGAGAUCGGUUAUCGCACAGUUUUGACACCUCCAACACUGAAUGGACACCCACCAUCAAUUGGGAGCACGUGCGCAACUACCAGUCGGCUGUGGCCAAGGUCAAGAUGGACCAGCGGGCGCCGGAUUUGAAGGAGAAACAGUCACGUACCAGUCAACUCUGCGAAGCCUAUAAGUGUGCACAAGGUGAUACAGACAUCCCAGCUGAACUUCUGCUGCAAGUUGAAGGUGUGAAUCCUGGAGCGAGUGGCAUGGGCAUGGCGAACGGCAAUGACCUCUCCCUGCAGCAUCGGCAUCCGACAAUACCCACACUGGUGAACAGUGGAUGGCUAGAUAAGCUGGUGGGGCCUAGCGAGUACUCCAAGGCUGGGAGAUUGGCCCAGACACAGACGGGAACGCUUCAGACCGAGAACGGCUCGCGCUCAACAACCCCCGUAUUGCCCACGCCGCCGGUACUGACGCCUGUUGAACUACAGAAGCACCACAUAAAACGAAGGGAAAUCAAGCACAACACACCCAAGUUCCCUAUUUCCACCGAGACACUCCGGAAGGAGUGGCUAUAUGUUGUCAACACGCGUAUAGAGCAAACAAUGCAGAACAUUGGAGUAGAGCCGUACGAUUUCCCAACACUGAAAGAUGAGCUAACUAUGGCGGAAAUUGCUAACAUCUCACAAGAAAGCAAGGACAAAAUCGGCCCUUUUGCCAGGGCAUUGAGUCGGAAACCGACUGUUCUACCUACAGCGUAA